GCUUGUCCUGACCCUCCUCUUUCCUUCCUCCCCAGCUGACAUGGAGCAGGGGCAGCGCAGCCUGGAUGCGGAGCAGAUGCAGCAGCAGCUCAAACUGCGGGACCGGCAGAAGUUCUUUGAGGAGGUUUUCCAGCACGAUGUGGAUUUCUUCUUCCCGAUAUCUCACCUGCAGAUAGAGCAUCGGAGACCUCCCUUAGGCAGCAUUUCCUCCAUGGAGGUGAACGUGGACAUGCUUGAGCAGAUGGACAUGAUGGACCUGUCAGACCAGGACACUGUGGACGUGUUUCUUCCCUGUGGGACAGAGGACAGUAGCGUUGCUGAGCCCCUGCCAGGGGCAGACACCAGCCAGUGCCCAGAGGAGAUUACUCCACAAGUGCCCAACUCAGACGAGGCCAAGUCACGCGUUUCCUCGACGUCCUCUGUCUCCACGGACCAUAACAGCCUGGACACCAGCGAGGAGGGGGCCGAGACUCCUGUGGUGCAGUCGGACGAGGAGGACCUGCAGGAGGACAGUGCAAAGGAGCAGGGGGCACAAAGCUAGCGGCCAGCCCUGCU